AUGUCGACACCGAAUGCGCAGCGCUUGAAGACCAUAAGCCCAGAACUCAGCUGCUUACUUACUAUGACACUACGAUGGCGUGUGCGUAAGCCUACAACAAGCUGGCGCUGUACGCAGAGGAAGAGCAGCCGAGUCUCUGCAGGGGUAGAUCACCGAAGCAGCGACGAGCGAGAGUUCUUUUCUCAUGAUCAGGACAAAGACAAUGAUGUUUGUGAUGAUGAUGAUAACAUGGAUGAUGAUGAUGAUCAAGGCACGUUCUGCUAA